GUACUCGGCCCAAGCAAACGAUUGGAAGAUAGAUCUCCCGAGGAUGGCAGCGGCUGUAGAUCCAACAUCCGCAACUCCCUUUUCGCUUCCUGGACCUUUGUUGCGAGCAAUCUUCAAAUACAACUUCCCAGUGAACAUGUUGAUGGCAGUUGCCACUUGCAAGCAUCUUCAUGCCACUCUGGCAGAGCAGCUGAAAGCUGCAGUGAGAUUUCGGAAGACUGAGUGGGUGAUCUUGGGAGAGCUUCGAACAGCAAACUUGAACAACCGGGCCGGCCAGAUCGUUGGAGUGAAGCCAGAAGAUUCCAGUCGAUGUGCUGUGCAGGUGGAUGGAUUGAGUUGCAAGUUGCAGAACCAAAUGAGACUUAUGGGGCAUGCCAUGGCGGAGACUCGAGAAGUUGGAUCCCGCAUGGUUGGAGUCUCCCGCUUCAAACUUUACGCUUUCCACUCCUCCAACCGUGGCAUGUUGGCGGCUGUUCGCCUGCAUACAACAGGGGAGAUAGUUAUAGGCUCUCUGGAGGGGAAGUAUGAAGAAGUCACUGCUGACAACGGCAGCAGACCUAUCUUCACCUCCGAAACCAAAAUUCCCAGAGAGCUUGCCAUGUUCGCAGAGAAGCAAGGGCAGAGCCCCUUGAUGGCUGAUUUGGGGCGACCGAUUCUCUUGCGCCAAGUCGUUCCCCUGAGCAAGCUCCGUGAGUCUGAAUUUGACAAAUGUUCUCCUUCUGCCCAGCUACGCAUACAUGAUAGACACGGCCCCCCGAGACACAACUUUGGAUGGCUCGGUGAUCCAGGUCCAACAGUGGUUGCUUGGCUGGAUCAGGCGGACUUCACACUGGCAGACAUGCGCCAGGUCUGGAGGUUCAAUGGAAAAGUGAGGGCCUUCCAUGGAAAUUGUUUUGAUUGCCGUAUAUUGUCCGACCAAGACUUGCAGAACAUGUGGCAAGAGUCAGCCAUGGAACCUGUCACUGAAUCGGUGUGUCAUGAUGAGAGCCCGGCCAAAAUCGAACCAGAUGAAGCAAGGACAGUGGUCGAAGUGCAACAGGCAUCAACCAUUUCCCAUGACCGCAUUCCUUCCAGUGUGGCUGAGCUGGCUUGCGUUGUGACAUUCCACCGUACCCCUGAGGCAUUGGACCGUGCCCUUGGGCAAUCUGACCUGGGCCGGCGCUUGCAUGAAAUGGGUCAGACCUUGAAACCCGCCUGGGCCAACGGUGCGAAGAUCUUGGUGGAAGGAUUGACAGAAGAGACCUGGACCAGAGCCUGUCAGGAUGCAGGAUUGACCGAAGACCUACGUCCUGGUGAUGUGGUCCUACCAACCAAUGCCUUGGCCAGCAUUCUCGGAGAGAUUCAGAAGAUUCCGCACUCCUCACGGCCACGUCUGAAAGGUGGCAAGGAGGGGAUUUCGAUCCCAGAUCUGUCUCACUUCGCAGAUCUUUCCGACGCUAGGCCAGGGCCGUCCAGCAGUGUGAGUUUCAGUCAAGAUUCCUCGCUAUCUUCCGAUGCCUCGGAGACUGGAUGGUUGGCCUUCAUCGAUGGCUUGCGGGACAAGAUCCUCCAUGUGCCAAUUCCAUCAGGCUACACAUCUCUUACCUUCGUUCACCAGCCUGAGGAGGCGCCAGUCACGCCACGGAGCAUGGUCACAGAAUCGGAUUCAGGGAAUGCGGGAGUCAACCUAGUUAACCCUCGCGUCUACCAAUAGUUUGCUUUGCUGAGUAGGAAGUUUGAGCAAGAUGUGCCUGUCAUUAUGUGCCUUUGUGAGGAUUCUUUCCACGAACCAGCAGGGUUUUG